UUAACAACUCAUUGGAGAUCGUCCUAAAAUGGCCAUUGCUGUUGAAAAAUAGUGAAAUUUCUCCUAUCUAUUGCGAUGUGGUAACAGUCGGAACAAACAGUACUUUCCUUUAAUGUCCAGAGAUGAUUGUGCCACUGACAUAAUACCAAUAUAAUGCCUUACUCUGUUUUCACAGUUCCUGCAGCAAUACGUCGAUAUAAAUGAUGCGCUGUCUAUAAUUGGAAUUUCUGGGUUACUAUUUCCCAUCUUUAUGACACGAAGAAUGAAGCUGCUGUCAUAUUUAGCAACAAUUGGGAACAUCACUCUCUUUGUGAUAAUUAUAAUAUCCUUCCAGUACAUCUGCCAAGAUCUCCCAGAUACCAAAACACGACCAGCGGCCAAACUCGUCAAUUUCUUAACAGUUACAUCUUUCGCCAAUGAUGUAAUGUUUUCCUAUGGUGGAAUAGCUUUGGUGUUACCAAUACGGGAAAGAAUGAAGAGUACGAAGCAUUUUGACGGCUGGAAUGGUGUGCUUGGACUUGCUCUAAUGUUUGUUACAAGUUUUCAUGUUGGCUGUGGAUUUUUUGGGUACCUAAAAUUUGGAGAAAUGACCCAAGUCAAUUAUAUAUUAAAUCUGCCACAUGAUCAAUGGAUAUACAAAUCUUUGAAGAUGCUUUCCUUUCUCACCUUGUACUUUACGAUCGGGACGACGGUUUUCAUCGUAACAGAACUCUUGUGGGGAUAUCUAAAGGACAAAUUUAGUAUGGAACUUAUUCAGAAUUACGGAGAAUACUUCUGUCGAUUCAUUCUGCUUAUUCUUACUUGUAUGGAAUUUUGUGCCAGUUCAUAA